UUUCUUUUUCUUUUCUUUUUCUUUUCUCCUUCCUCUUCUCUCUCUCUCGCUCCCCUAAUUUUUUUACCCCCAAACCCUCAAAUAAUUACUAAAAACGCCACUGCUCUUCCGCCGGAGCUCCGGUGAGACUUGGAUUUUGACCGGAAUCUAAAGAAGGAGAUGGAUGUUAAUGUGUCUUCGGCCAAGUCUAUACUUGAGAAGCCUCUUAAGCUUCUCACUGAAGAGGACAUUUCUCAGCUCACUCGCGAAGAUUGCCGGAAAUUUCUCAAGGAGAAAGGAAUGCGCAGGCCUUCUUGGAACAAAUCUCAGGCGAUCCAGCAAGUUCUCUCUCUCAAAGCUCUCUUUGAGCCCGGCGACGAUUCCGGCGCCGGAAUCCUCCGCAAGAUCCUCGUUUCUCAGCCUCCGAUUCCGCCUCGUGUGAUAACAACGCCGCCGAUUGAGCCAAGCAACAACGAGCUUGGAGCUUGUGGCCGGAUUCCUUUUCAGGAAGAUGACGGCUCAUGCCACAGGAGAGAUUCUCCAAGAUCAGCUGAGUUUUCCGGUGGUGGUUCUGGUCAUUUUGUAGCUGAGAAAGAGAGCUACAAGACAGUCUCUCCCAGCAGAAGCCCGGCAGAAACAAGUGCGAUGGUUGGGCAAAUGACGAUUUUCUAUAGUGGGAAAGUGAAUGUGUAUGAUGGAGUACCACCUGAAAAGGCGCGGUCAAUCAUGCACUUAGCAGCCAACCCGAUGGAUUUGCCUGAAAAUGGCAUUUUUGCUUCUAGUAGAAUGAUUUCCAGGCCCAUGAGUAAAGAGAAGAUGGUGGAACAUCCCCAUUACGGCCUUGAAAAGGCAAAUGCUUCUCGUGAUUCUGAUGUGGAGAGUCAGGCGAACAGAAAAGUGUCGUUGCAAAGAUAUCUUGAAAAGCGGAAAGAUAGAAGAUUCUCCAAGACCAAGAAGGCUCCAGGAGUUGCAUCGUCUAGCUUGGAGAUGUAUCUGAAUCGUCAGCCACGGAUGAACGCUGCUGCAUUUUCACAAAACCUUGGCUGCACAGGAGAGCCCCACACGUUCUGUGAGUCACCUGAAAAUCAGACAAAAAGUCCUAAUCUCUCAGUUGAUCUGAACAGUGAUCUAAACAGUGAAGAUAUUUAAUAAGAUGCCAAAAAAGACUGGAGAUGAUGAUGAUACAUGAAGAAGAAGAACAGUUACUGUUCUUUUAAAACAAAUUGCCAUGAACAAAAAGGAAAUAAAAGCAGACAAUGAAUGUUGUAGUUCAUUGUGUGGAGGAAACAUGGCUUAAGAUUGAGCUUGGGAAGUCUUGUGAUCAGUCUGUUUAUUUAUUUUUGUGUUUUUCCAUCUUUUUUUGGUCUGUAGUUUUGAAUAGGUUAGUAUCGGAGAUCUGUUCUUUAUCUGUUCUUUGUUUCAUAUAGAGAGACAAAGAGAGAAUGAGAAAGAAAAAAAAAAUGAGAGAUUGGCUGGAGGAUUUUUCCGGUUUGUAAUAUGUAAAUGCUGUCUUUAUUUUAAAACGAGAGACUUGAAUUGAUACCAAACUUUGAGUUUCCAU